UUAAGAUCUGCAGUUGGACAGUUACUCAUCUGUGGAUUCGAUGGACUGACUCCGACAAAAGGAAUCCUCAAUCUGAUUCAACAUCACAAUCUCGGCGCAAUCAUUCUGUUUUCGCGAAAUAUUGGGACGCCUCAUCAAGUACAAGAACUUACACGUAACAUGGCUCUUGGUGCGAUCAACAAUUUAGAAGCAGCCCAGGCCGUGGCUGGCAUGGUAGCCGACGAACUUCUGGCCUUGGGAAUCAAUUGGAACCUAGCGCCUGUUUUGGACGUCAAUAACAACCCACUGAAUCCUGUGAUCGGUGUACGGUCUUAUGGCGAAGACUCGGAGCUCGUAGGCCGACUUGGCAUGGCACAAAUUGAAGCACACCAGCGCCACGGUGUAGCCACCAGCGCUAAACAUUUUCCCGGCCAUGGUGAUACAGACACUGACUCCCACACAGGAGUGCCGGUGAUUAAUAAGACCCUCAGGGAUCUCGAACAACUCGAACUCAAGCCAUUUCGCAAGGUCAUCGAGCCCAAAUCAAAAGGAGGGGGAGUAGAAAACGAUUAUCAGCGACCGGCCUCAAUUAUGGUUGCUCAUAUGUCUUUACCUAAACUUGUCAAGCAGCCAAACCAGGUCUCAAGUCUAUCCCCAGAGAUUGUGGGCGGCUUGCUGCGGACACAGCUUGGAUACGAUGGAGUGAUCAUCACAGAUUGUCUGGAGAUGGAAGCCGUCAAGGAAACAAUUGGAGUUCCAAAGGGUGCGCUUAUGGCACUCCAGGCCGGAAAUGACAUGGCCAUGAUCUCUCACACACUUUUGUAUCAGGAGCAAGCGUUUGAGACCCUUUACGGUGCCCUUGAAUCAAAGGAUCUUGAUCCCAAGCUACUAAAGGCAUCUAUCGACCGAGUCGCGAGUUUGAAGGACAAGUACCUGUCUUGGCCCAAAGUACUCGAGAAGCGUUCUAUUGAUGUGGUUGGCUCACCAAAGCAUGUUGCACUAAGCAACAGAUUGUACGACAAAGUCCCGACUGUGGUGCGCAAUAACCGUAAUACCAUUCCACUUCAAGCCAACCAUGUUUAUAAGAAAAUCCUCUUUUUGGGUGCUCAGGUACCAGUGACCCUAGCAAUCGACUCGGAGGAGGAACCAUUCAAGGCAUUUGAAGAGUCUCUAAAGAAGCGGUUUCCGGAUGCAGAGUGUAUCCUGUUUGACGAAUCAACUCCUCCUGAUCUGCCAGACAAGAUUAAACAAGCUGAUCUGGUGAUUGUUGGGACUGGAAAUGCAAAUCUCUAUCCGUUCCAGGCCAAGGUGGUUCGGCUGGCCUACAUAUUCUCCAAACGACUUGUGGUAGUUGCAGCAAUGAAUCCAUAUGAUCUGACUGUCUUUCCAGAUAUCGAUACGUAUGUGGUUACAUUUGAAUACAAUCCGCCCGCACUUGAGGCAGCUGUCAAGUUGCUGGUUGGCGAAAUCCAAACCACAAACACAAUGCCGGUUACCCUUCCUAGCCCCCAAUUUGAUGUGAGCCCCUAUAUAAAAAGUGAUCAUCUUGGGGUUAUUUGGGAGAUGUGGAAUGCCAAUUUUGCAGCUCUGCCGCUUUCCUGUGCAAUGUUUGAGCACGUCCUGGAUCGCAUGUCCGAUCCGGCUCAUUUUGUUUGCCAGGAUGGCACGACAAAACAGAUCGUUGGCUUUGUGGCAACCCAAUACAUUCGAGCAACGAAUGAUGGCCAGUUGGGAUUGCUGAUGGUGUUACCACCGUACAAGUCGCGGGGUAUCGGUAGUCGUCUUCACGACCGUGCCUUGGCAACACUUUCGCAGCAAGGAGCGACGCAUUUUCGCCUUGGAUCGACAUAUCCUCGGUUUUUCCCUGGCGUUCCUGAGGAGGAGGAUGUGGACGGGCCAAAAAGCCGGAAGUUUUUCGGGCACCGCGGAUGGAAGCUUAGACAUAUCGUGUGGGAUCUUAUGAUGGAUGGGCUUGAGACUUACGAGACCCCAAAAGCGAUUAAGGAGCGCAUGGCUUCUGAAGACAUUUGGUUUGGGCGCAUCCUGCCAGAUCAGCUAGAGGCCCUGAUUGGGUUUCAGGAGAAGUACUUUCCAUUCUGGGUGUCGACUUACCAGCACCAUGCUUACCUGGGCGACUUCCAGGAUUUGAUUGUUGGGCGGCAGAAGGAUAGCCAAGGGCCUAUCAUAGCUUCUCUGGUGCUGAAUACGACAAAUGUGUCUCACCCGCUGCGGUCUGAUCUGAUCUGGACGGAUGACAGUCUGUUUGGAGCCCGAAGUGGAGGAAUGGCGUGUGUUGGAGUGGCCAAAGAGGCUCGUGGCCGUGGAAUUGGGUUGGGGAUUGUUGCUUAUGCAAAUGAGGUCCUGAAGGCGCGCGGAGUCAAGAGAUCUUUUGUGGACUGGGUUGAGGCUGUUGAUUUCUAUCGUCGUACUGGAUACCAAACAUGGCGAGCCCAUCGUAUCGGUGCACUU